CUGUUUCAGGUAUUGUUGACCUUGCGAGAUGCCAUUGGUAGGGUCGACGAUGAAACGCAGCAACUUCUACGAGAUGCUGUUAAAGUCUUAUCUUCAUCUGAAUUGUAUGCACCCACAAUUACGCGCUUCGGGAACAAUGAUAGAAUAGCAACAGGCUACUACGAUGGAUUGAUACGAUUGCAUCACUUACCUCGAAGUCGCAAGCGAUCAGUCGUGGAUGCCUUCAAAGAUAAACGAACUACUGCUUCUGAGCACAGACGUGUUUCUGCUGAUGUUAUAUUUGAACGCUGGAAGGUUAACGAAGCACUAAAAUGUUCAAUGGAAUUAAUUUCCCGAUGGUUGUCAACGAUAGAAGCUCAUUAUCAUGCAACAAAUCCUUAUCAUAAUGCUACUCAUGCAGCUGACGUAUUACAGGCAACCUCUUAUUUUCUCGAAUCACCAAGCGUGGCACAUUACGUACAAGAAAUGCAUGCCACUGCAGCGUUGAUCGCCGCUGCUGUUCAUGAUUUGGAUCAUCCUGGACGUGGUAAUGCGUUUUUAAUCAAUACACAACAACCAUUGGCAUUGUUAUACAACGAUCAAUCUGUCUUAGAGAAUCAUCACGUAGCGUUGGCAUUUCAGCUUACUUUGCAAAGUACAAAUAACAUCAAUAUAUUCGCUGGAAUAACACGAGAAGAAUUUGCGGCUUUACGUCAGGCAACUGUUGAGAUGGUUCUAGCCACAGAUAUGAGUCGACAUUUUGAAUACUUGGCAAAGUUCCAGCAAGCUGUCUCAAAUUUGAAAGAAAAUGAAGAAAAUGAGAGUAACAUAUCCCUGAUUGUUUGUCGUAUGUUAAUUAAAUGCGCGGAUAUUGGAAAUCCGACCAGGAGCUGGGCUCUGUGCGAAAAGUGGGCGAUGCGAAUCGUAGAGGAAUAUUUUGAUCAGACAACAGAGGAACGUGAAAAAGGUUUACCAUUAACUAUGGCACUUUUUGAUCGAAACGUGUGCAAUGUACCUUUGACGCAGUGUGGUUUCAUUGACAUGUUUGCACGUGAAACAUUUACAAGUUGGAGCGAAUUCGCUGACAUCCCAAUUUUACUCACUCAGUUGGAAAAAAAUUAUGAAAAAUGGCGCGAGCAAACAUCCACUUGGGAUCCAUCAAGGAAUACUCACUUACGUGAGGAGCGAUGUCAUAGCUAA